AUGCCAACCACCCGUUCCAGGAAGGCCGCACAGCAGUCGCUGUUCCGGGCGCUGGCGGGGCGGGACUCCACCGCUGCCCUGCAGCUGAUAGAGGCGCAACGGCGGGCGGGUCCGGGCUUCCAUGUCAUCCCAGAGUGGCUCACCAGCCUGCACUUGGCGGCAGCCGCUGGUUGCAGCGAAGUUCUGGGGGCCAUUGUGAAAGCUGGGGUUUCCGUGAACAGCACGCUGCCCUGGCCGGGAGCACAGCCCCAAUGGGUCGUGGCUCUGCGCCACAUGCUGCUCACGCCAGAGCAGAGGGCCGCCCUGCUGCCCGGCAUGUCGGCGCUCGCCGUCGCCGCCAGGCUGGGCCACCUGCCCUGCGUGCGGCGCCUGCUGGAGCUGGGCGCCGACGCCAACCUUGUGGGGCCGCCCCGCGAGGGGCCGGCGGGCGUCCAGCCCUUCACGCCGCUCAGCGCGGCGGUGCUGCGGGCGGGCCCCGGCCAGCAGGCCGCCGCCACGCGCGGCGUGGUGGACCUGCUGCUGCACCACGGCGCCGACCCGCUGGCGCCAGCCGUGCGCCGCCGCUGCUCCACGCUGCGAUGCGCCUGCGGCUCCGAGUUCCUGCCCAACGGCGCCCUGCCGCUGCUGCUGGCCCACUUGGAGCGCCAGCACGCCGCCGGCCGCCUGGCGCUGGGCAGCGGCGAGCAGGCGGCGGAGGUUAUGGUGGGGGCGGCGCGCUGCGCCCGCGAGCAGCUCUUCGCUGUGGCUCACGAGUAUGUUCUGGCCGCCGCCGGGCUGCGGCGGCGGCGGGACGCCAAGCUGGCGGCCGCGGCGGCCGCCCGCAGCGCGGCGCGCCGCCCGGCCUGGCGCUCCGGGCUGGAGGAGGAGCCGCAGCAGCAGGAGGAGGAGGUGGAGGAAGUGCCCAGCACUCCCAUCGCCGCUGCCAGCAGCGACGGCGGCGGCGGCGGCUGGGACGCCGGCUUCGAGCCCGGCCUGGACGCCGGCCCGGCCACGGCGGCGCCCCCUCCCUGGCAGCCCUCCCCGGUGCAGCUGUUUGAGGCGCUGCGCGGCGCGGCGCUGGGCGGCAGCCCCGCCAUCCUGCGUGCCAUCCUCGCCUCCCCGCUGCCCUUCUCCGUUGCCCAGGCCGACGCCGCGGGCAACGGGCUGAUGGCGCAUUCGGCGGCGCACGCGGGCUGCGCCGAGGCGAUACACAUCCUGCACCGGGCGGGGGCCCAGCUGACCCUGCGCCGCCUGCUGUACGUGCUCGAGAAGGGGGUGGCGGCCGGCGCAGUGGCCGCGCUGCUGGCCUGCCAGCGCCCGCCGGUGCCGCCAGACACGGCCACGCUCAAGGCGGCGGGCGUCGUCUCCUUCUCCUGCCCCAUCCACCGCCUGCUGCACAUCUGGAAGCGCCACCAGCCGGGGCAGGACCCGGGGGCGGCGGCAGACGCGGCGCGAGAGCGGAACGUGAUGCUGGUCCUGGAGGAGCUUGUGUCCGCGGGAUACCGUCCCGCAGUAUACAGCGGCCUGCGCCACCCCAUGGUUAUGGCGCACGACGGCGCCCUGACCCCCGUCACCGACCCCUUCGACCCGUUCGAGUACUUCCCGGUGGCGGGGCCUGCAGACAGCAGGCGAGCUGGUGGUGGUGGUGGGUGGUUCCUCCUGGUGGCGAGGCAGGGCGCCUGGGACACCGCCGCCCACGCCAUCUGGCCGGACCGCUUCAAGGCCGCCGUGCGGGGGCUGCUGCUGGCGGCGCGCCAUGGCGACGGCGCCCGCAGCGGCGGCCGGCCGGCGGCCGGCACCAGCAGGGCGGCGAGGGCUGCGCGCUGCGCCGCGCGGGCUGCCGGGGCCCAGGCGCCAGCUGGCGGCGCCAGCCUGGCGGCUCUGCCACAGGAGCUGGUGCUGCAGGUUGCUGCCCAGGCUGCCUGGCCCAUGUCUGCCUGGGUGUGA